AUGAUGAUUUGUGAGAAGAACGGCACUUGCUACACUGUGAAGGACCAGAAUGUGCUAUCUAGUCUGGUCGAAGCAUUUGCCUCAGGUAGGACCACUCACAAGAUAUCUAAGUGCAGUAAGUUUUUAGGAAGUCCAUUUUCGGCGUUCCUCCUGGCAGCUGAAAUCUACUUGUGCCUCAUGUUCCUCUGCUCUAUUCCCAACACCAGAAAAGAUUUCAUUUUCUGGUACCUAGCCACAAUCUUUGCUCCGUUCAUAGUGAAAAUGACUGUGGAAGCGGCUUUCUUCAUCUCCAUCUACUUUUACACAUCCUCCUACACCUACAUGUUAGUUGAAGAACUCAGAAUCUCUCUCUUUGACGGACGCUUUUGCCUUUUAGAAGCUGGAUUCACGACUCGGUCGUUUCUUUUUGCUACAGUAGUUUCUUGUUCAAUUUCGAAUACGGAAUGGUGAUCUACUCGAUGCAAACUGUGAAAGUUGCAGUCAGCAAGAAAAAAGUGUCGACGGCAUUCAAAAGGUAAAUUGGGUCGAGUUGCGAAAUCCAAUUCUGAAAAUUAUAGGUAUCCCUAUCUGGCUGUGUUUAUCUUGACCCUUAUUCAAUCGGCUUUCUACCGACAAGUCACAUUUCUCGGUUUUGCUUCCCUCGUGAUGAUUCUUAUAGUAGCACCCCUUUGCAUAGCCGCGGUAUGCAAGAGAAACUCACCGUUCCACUUUUUACUCUUGAUUGUAGCUUUUAAUAGCAGCAUGCUGUUGUAAAACCAGCGAAUUAUCCGAAUAUGAUGAGAUUCGCUACGCAAAAUCGAGAAUGUUGUGGAACAUACCCUGUCUGAUACUAACCAUGGCCAGUUCCCUGACGGAAAUUUGCUUGAGUACGUUUUCCGAACGAUCGAAACACUGACCACUGACUUUCCUUUGCAGCCUCUCAAUCUGAUUCCAACAAAUACAACGCAUUUCACAACAAGGACGUUGUGUUUUCAAUUCUCUUCCCUGCCAUUGCAGUAAUUUUUAUGUACUUGACUCUCCCAGCACUCAGGUACUAUAAAAGAUUGAAACUGUUCCGAAAAUAUAUCUGUUCCAGACGUGCAAUAUUCCCAUGUUGCUAUGA